AUGGUUGUGAAACGAAAGAGAGAAACCACUGUGGUUUCCAAGCCUCAGGCCAAGGAAGACAGCCCUCCUCCGGUGGACAAUGCGCAGGACGUAUUCCGCAGAUUAUUCGAAGCACAAUUCGAGCCACUUGAUUUGCCAGCUCCGACCGCCAAAUCUACAAAUUCCGAUGAAGCAGGAAAUGAGGACGACGAUGACUCUGAUCUCUCUGGGUCGGGAGGUGACUGGGAUGGGAUGUCCGACAUCAGUGACGAGAGCAACCAAGUCGAGGUGGUCGAACACACGGAUACUUACGCGGCACCAGAAGACAGAAUGGACAAGAAGACUUGGAAGGCGUUUAUGAGUGGAAAAUUGUUGUCCGACUUAGAUAAGCCGAGCACUGAGCCAGAGCCUACAUCCAAAAAAGAAGAAGAAGAAGACACCCACGACUCUGCGAACCUCAAGCAUGAUCUUGCAUUGCAAAGACUACUCAAGGAGUCACACCUUCUCGACUCCGCCGACGACCUUGCCCCCACUGGAAAGAACCGUUUGAAGGCUUUGGAUAUGCGCAUGCAAUCCCUUGGAGCCAAAACUUCGCUCUAUGCGCAAACUAAAAUGCCUACUGCGCACCGACGAGGCAUCAAAGCUAAGGCUGAAUCAAAGGAAGACAGACGCCGCCAAGAGGCCAAGGAGAACGGCAUCAUCCUCGAGAAGCCUAACAAGGUACACAAAUCGAGCAACAAUGGGCGAAGAGAGCGCGGUGUUGUCGGAUCUUCCGUGGGCAAGUUCUCGGGAGGCACAUUGAACCUGAACAAAGACGACAUCGCUCAUGUCCAGGCGUCAGGACGCCGUAUGAUGGGUGGCAGAGGAAAGGGCAAAACAAGAGGCGGCAGAGGCGGUGGUGGUAGGGGUGGCAGAGGUGGUGGCAGGGGUGGUGGUAGAGGCGACAAACGCUAA